AUGCACAGGCCUGUUAUGUCGGUAUUGGGCGACUCCACAAUAAAUCAUUGCCAUGACGAACCCCUUCCGAAGGUUCCCCGGCGCACCCUGCGCAAAGCAAUCUCGAUCCCCGCCGUCUCAUCUCUCGUCAGAGACUCAUGGAAUUGGGCUGGUGACACCCUACACUCCUACCGCGACGGCCUCUCCGCCGACCAGCGAAAGCAGCGGGCGGAAGUCGAGGACCGCAAACAAGUUCUCUACCUGAAGAUCAAAAAUGCUGUGUCGUAUGAGGAAUGGCGGAGCUGCGCCGAGGAGUUGGACGUGUUGGAAAACCACGUUGUUUGGAAAGAGGACCCCGAGUGCGCCGAGUACCACCCGCGACUUGUCCAAGAACGCCUGCGGCAGCUGGAAGAGGCACGCACCAGCUGCGACGUGAGUCGUAUGCUGUUUCUCGUCCGCACCGCUAUGAGCCGCGACCUCGGCAAGAUGAGCAACGCAUCGCUCUACCGCCACUCGCAUAUAGGGACGAAGAACCUCAUCGAUCAAUACAUAACCACGGCCCUCGACACGAUCAGGGCAUUGGUGGAACUGUCGGUGGAUAAUCGCUGUGACGGGUUGGAGCUGAAAUACAUCCUGGACCAGUUGCUAGCGGCUCGUCAGGCGUUUGGCCGGAGCGCACUGCUGUUUUCUGGAGGUGCGACUUUCGGCAUGAACCAUAUUGGUGUUCUCAAGUCUCUUUACGAGCAGAACCUCAUCCCGCGCAUCAUCUCUGGGGCUUCGGCGGGGAGUAUCGUAUGUGCAGUGUUUUGUACUUGCACCGACGAUGAGUUGCCGGGGCUUUUGGAUACUUACAUCACCGAUGGAGAUUUUGCGGUCUUCAACAAACAUGGCCAAGAGGAGAACAUGUUUCAAAAGACGGCGCGUUUCUUGAAACACGGCUCAUUCCUUGACAUUUCCCACUUGGCAAACACCAUGCGCGGUUGGUUGGGCGACAUGACCUUCCAAGAGGCAUAUAACCGAACACGACGGAUCUUGAAUAUCUGCGUGUCCAGUGCCAGCAUGUACGAGCUUCCGCGGCUGCUGAACUACAUCUCGGCCCCGAAUGUGUUGAUCUGGUCUGCUGUGGCCGUAUCAUGCUCCGUGCCUUUGGUGUUUAAACCCUUCACAUUGAUGGCCAAAGACCCCAAGAUGGGGGAGGCAAUACCAUGGAACGACCUCCACAAGCAGUAUAUCGACGGCUCAGUUGACGGCGACCUCCCGAUGACACGGUUAUCCGAGAUGUUUAAUGUCAACCACUUCAUUGUCUCCCAGGUUAACCCUCAUGUGGUCCCGUUCCUACCAAAGGAAGAUGGCCUGUCAAAUUCUGCCGAGCACCGGGCACUGCCUGGUUGGCUGAACACGAUGACGCAUCUUGCCAAAGAUGAGAUACUUCACCGAAUCACCGUCCUUUCAGAAAUGGGGGUCUUUCCAAAUUCCAUGACGAAAUUCGCCUCCAUUAUGAACCAGAGAUACAGCGGCGACAUCAACAUCUACCCCGAACUGAUUUCUUCCAAUUUCCCUCGCCUCCUGGAGAACCCGACACAGGAGUUCAUGCUUGAGGCAUGUCUCAGCGGCGAACGCGCAACCUGGCCUAGACUGAGCCAAAUCCGCAACGCAUGCGCCAUCGAACUGGCACUGGACAGAGCCAUCCAGCAAAUGCGGGCCCGCGUAGCCUUCAGCCCGGGUCAACUUCAACUGCGCAUGCAAGACUCCAUUCGUCACCCGGCCGACUCGACAGAAGGCGCCGGACGAGGACGAGCGCGUGUUCCGUUUCGGAGAAGAGCCUCUCACAGCCACGAGCUUGUUCGAAGACGGUCCAGAGUGUACUCACAGAGUCAAAUCUCGCAAGAACUGAGAAAAGCACGCAGCACAGUAUCGCUCGAACAACCCUUCACCUUUCCCGACGCAAUUUCCGUGGCCCAGCCCAAGGCCCAUCUUCGGCGAUCUUCAAUAUCCUUCGGUGGGGCAUUCACGACUGGGUCAGAUAGUGACGAUGACGAGGAUCCCGAGCCCGUCUAUACCAUCAGCCCAGGGCUGUCAAACAACCGGGCAUCAUGGGAUGGAUCUUCCUAUGGAGCAGAUUCUAGGCAUGGCCCGCGUAGCCCAGUCCGAUCGCGGCGAUCGUCAUUCUCCGGCAGGUCACCACGGUCCGCUUCAGGCCGACGAGCAUCACCAAAGCAGGGCUAUGCGCCUUCGGCUCGAGAGAUCUCUAUGGCACUGUCCUCAUCCUCGCGCCACCUGCUAAGCAUGACGCCGUCCGUGUACCCGAGCUCUCCUGAAGCCGUCGUCCGCAAACCGCGCCAUUGA